AUGCAGUCGGCCGAGCAGAUUGUCGAGGCGUUGCAGGUCUACGCCGUGAAGCACUUGCAGAGUUUGCUAGAUCUUUUUGCUCCGGUUCUGACAGAUGCCUUUGCGCUGGCCCAUGUCCCCGCCGUCAUCGCGGCGGCCAAGGCGCUCAACACCACGAUUCUCAACUGCUGGCCCCGUAUAGUCGGCACGCCACACGCCGAGCAAAUCACAAGCAUCGUCGCUCGAUGCUGGACAAACAUCUACGACACUGAUCAUGGCACUGGUGACCCUGAGAUGGAGGCCCUCACCCAGGAGCUGAAAAAGACAAUGGCGCUGCUGGCAUCGAUGUGGAAAGCGAGCGACGAGCCAAUGCCGACGGACAAGCUCGCACAAGUCGUGAAAAAGGCGCCCCAUCUCAAGCCGCUGUUUGCCCCAUUUCAGCUGGAAGCCCCCAUAGCAUGA